GUCUAACCGCACGGUAAAUUAUUAGGCUGUAAAGAACCUACUGCCGUGUCUCCAGCGAAAGAAGGUUAAAUCGUGAAAUUCGCGCCAUUUAUAGUUACACAUUUUUUUUAAAUAUUCUGAGUUGUGAGUUUCUUCAAAAAGGAUCAAAAUGACUAUAUACAGCAAAAUUGUUCAAAUCAUUUUGGUUAGUGUUUAGCGACCGCGAAUCUAUGAGUUCCCGAUAAUUUCAGAGAACAUGGCAGAGGUCGUCGAAGCGGGCGCUAGUUUGGCGUGGCGAUUGCUGGCGACGUUGGAAGUUGGGUCCAUCUUAGUUGCCACCUCGGCCCUUGUUGCUUACACCGCAAGAGUCAAUCUCGCAAAGCAAAGACGACACGGGUCUAUAAAAAGCUUUCUGGUAGCGAACUCAACUAAUACAUUGGCUCAAGAGCUCAAACGAAGGCUAGAAGCUGAAGGUUGCACCGUGCGCACUGCCACAACCGGAGCGGCGAGCUUAGCGGAAGCGGAUAAGGUUGACUGCUUAGUCGUAGUAGGAGCGGAGUCGAAAGCGGGCUUAGAUGGCAUCUCAAGAUUAGUAUCUGAGGACGUGUAUGAGAAUUUAAAUUUAUUGGAAUCGCUGGCGGCAAGUGUAAAGCGGGGUGGGUCUAUGGCAUGGACGUGCGCGGGAGAGACUAGCGGAGCGUACAGGGGCGCAGCGGACGCCUUCGACACUGUCAUCCAAGCCAGCUUACGACACGUCGCUCAAAAUACACACUGCGAGCCAAUCUGGAUAGGACGAUGUGAGACCGUAGAGCGAGCCGUCGACCGAACUCUCGCAGAGCUUUUGCCUUAUACCACUCGACAUGUAUAUGGGUUCUCAAUAAGAAAUGCUGGACGCAAAUUGAGCGAAUACCUGAACCGGUGGUUGAAGAUGACUACGUGAAUAAAAGAAACAAAUUUACAAAAAGAUGUCCGAAGAGUUGACUUUUAGACUUAAAACGCUAUUAAAGCUGUAUAACAGCAUACAUUAUU